GGCCGCCCCCUCUCGAAGAGAAAACGUAUGAGUUCAAUUUGAAACGCAAUGGAAACUUCAAGACAUAAAUCUUCCGAGAGAUCAAAGUACAAACACCGGUCACGAUCGAGUUCUCGAUCGAGACAUCGGAGUAGACAUAAGAAAGAAAAGCAUCGGUCACCUACACCGCCUAAGAAGUCGAAGGACAAGAAGCGCUCGAGGCGCAGCCGGAGUGAUGAACGUCGAAGCCGCAAACACAAGGAUCGGCGUCGUCGUUCCAGCGGGAGCAGCACGUCGAGCCCAUCUAGCAGCAGAGAGGACAAGUCCAGGACGAACACUGUCCUGCCUCUCAUCGAGGAACUAGAGAAGGAGCGGCAACGCCUCAAGAUUGAGAAGAGGAAAGCUAAGGAGGCCAUGAAAGCAACAGAAACACCUGAACAGAAGCGCCUGCGCCGCCUUGCUAAGAAGGAGGCCAAAGAGCGGAAGCGAAAAGCUGAAAUGGGCUGGGAUGAAGAAUACCUGGGUUACACUAACACUGACAAUCCAUUUGGUGAUGCCAACCUGCUUAAAUCCUUCAAGUGGGAGAAGAAGUACGAGCGGGAGGGACUCAAGAACGUCUCUGAGGAAGAGAUUGAGCGCAGAAAUCGACUCAAAUUGGAGGAGAACAGGCGGGAGCUGGAGAAAGUGAAGCAGAGGCGACUGGAGCGGGAAAGGGAACAGGAGGAGCGGGAGGAGGAAAUGACACGCAUUCAGAGAGACAAAGAGGCAGCUCAGUUUCAGGAGUGGGAGAAGCAAGAAGACAAUUUUCAUUUGCAGCAAGCUAUUCUGAGGUCCAAGAUACGUAUUGAGGAUGGGAGAGCCAAGCCCAUCGAUUUGCUGGCCCGCUACAUCAGUGCCGAGGGUGAGGACUUUGGCGUGGAUAUGCUUGAGCCUUAUAUUUACUUGAAUGGCCUGACCAUGGAGGACUUGGAAGACCUGCAAGAGGACAUCAAGGUGUACAUGGAGCUGGAGAACAGCCGCAACCUCAGUUACUGGCGAGACCUUCAGAUAAUAGUCGAGGAAGAACUGCGCAAGCUCCGGCGUCUCGACACAUCAUCUGUGGAUGCCCUGGUCGGGGAGCGGCGAGAAGGCAUCAACGCAGCGGUCAGCCAGGAUGUGGUGGAAGUGUUCAAGGGCAAGACCCCUGGCCAGCUUCAGGCCUUGUACCAGCAGAUUGACCAGCGAAUCCGUUCAAAGGAGGAAGGCCUGGAUGUCCCCUACUGGGAGACGCUUCUGUCCCGUUUAAAAGCCUACAUGGCACGAGCGCGGCUACGUGAACGCCACCAAGAGAACCUGAGGCGUAAACUGUUCCAGCUGAAACAAGAGCAAGGAGUGGAAAGUGAGCCGCUGUUUCCGUGCGUAAAGGCUGAGCCAGAGGAAGCCAAAACGGAGCCAGCCACUGAGCCACAGCCUAGUACGUCUGCUCAAGAUAGCAGCCUACCGGUCAAGGAAGAGGAGCAAGAAGAUUCUGUGGACACCGACGAAGAGCAGCUUGGAGAGGAGCCUGUGCCCGAGGACCCACUGGUUAAAUGGGAAGAAGAGUAUCGAGCAGGAGGCUACAGCCCUCGGCUGCUGCAGCCGGAUGAAAUCGAGCCAGGCACACUGCUGAUUGAUGGGGACGAGGAUGAACAGCGCCUGGAGUUCGCCCGACAACAGAUGCUGGGCACCGGGCGCAUCCAGAAUCUUGGUGUGACCGAGGCUGAGCAAGAGUUCGAACAGGAAGCUCGCCGAGGUAUGAACGCAGAUGAGGCCUCGUUCAGCGUCGAGUCACCUCUUCAGGACAAGACAUAUUUGUGGUCAGACAAGUACCGGCCACGCAAGCCCCGCUACUUCAACCGGGUUCACACGGGCUUCGAGUGGAACAAGUACAAUCAGACCCAUUAUGACAUGGAUAACCCACCCCCAAAGAUAGUUCAGGGAUACAAGUUCAAUAUUUUCUACCCUGACUUGAUUGACAAGAACGAGACGCCAGAAUAUUUUUUGACCCCCAUCGAAGACAACAAAGACUUCUCCGUUCUACGGUUCCAUGCAGGGCCUCCAUACGAGGACAUAGCCUUCAAGAUUGUCAACCGCGAAUGGGAGUACUCGUACAAGCGUGGAUUUCGUUGCCAAUUCCACAACAACAUAUUUCAGUUGUGGUUUCACUUCAAGCGUUAUCGUUACAGACGUUGAAAAGCCACUGUAUUGGGAACAAUUGCUUUUGUCUAUAAGAUUGUAUAUAUAAAUGUAUUAUUAAUGAU